AUGGUUGAAGUUAAGAUUGGUAUGAAAUGUUAUAGAUUGGUUGUAAAUUGGUAUGAUUUAGUACUUGAAGUUAGAGAUCGAUAUAAAUUGAUACUUGCAGUUAUAGAAUGGUAUGAAUUGGUUCUUGAAGUUAUAGAUUGGUAUGAAAUGGCACUUGAUGUUAUAGAUUGGUAUGAAAUUAUACUUAAAGUUAUAGAUUGGUUACAAAGUGCUAUGAAUUGGUACUUGAAGUUACAGAUUGGUAUGAAAUGUUAUAGAUUAGUUAUAGCUUUGUAUGAAGUGGUACUUGAAGUUAUAGAUUGGUAUGGAUGGUACUUCAAGUUAUGGAUUGGUUAUAGAUUGUGUUCACAUUUCAACCAAAAUCCUGAUUUAAUGAACACAAUGCGACCGGGGAAUUUCUCAUUAAAGCGAUGA